UUAUUCAAUUAUUAAUUGUAUUAUAUUUUGUAUACUUCUAUUGAUUUUUUAACAGUUGGUUUGUCGUUCCUUUUUUCAGUUGAAGAUAUGGAGAAAUUUUUGAUAAAUUUGAAAAGAAAAGCUCCAUCAUCACCUCCUCCAUCAUCACCUCCCCCAUCAUCAUCUCAGAGUGAUUUAGAUGAUCUAGAUAAUUUACCAUGGGAUCCUGCUGAUCGGAAAAGAAUAUCAGAAUAUAAUGCGAAUCAAAGGAAUGAGGUAAUCAGAAAAUAUUUGAUGAGAGGUCCUUGUCAACCUUGUGGUCAUAUUUUCAAACAAUCAAUGAAAGGAGGCGUGCUAAGACGCUUUAAUCCUGCUUGGUUUGAUCAGUUUCCAAAUUGGUUAGAAUACAGUGUGAAGAAAGAUGCAGCUUUUUGUCUAUAUUGUUACUUGUUCAGAGACAAUGCUGGUAAAGGUGGAAGAAAUGAUGCAUGGACCAUUGACGGUUUUUCUAGCUGGAAUAAAGCUAAAAAUAUUUCAGAGCAUGUAGGAGCUGUUAACAGUUUUCACAACAAUGCAGCAAUGAAGUGUGAAAACUUGAUGAAGCAAGGUCAGUCUAUCAAGCAUGCUUUUCAUAAACAAGAUGAUAUCACGAAAAAUGAGUAUCGCAUUCGAUUAAAUGCUUCUAUUGAUGCUUCAAGAUUCUUGUUGCGCCAAGGGUUACCUUUUCGUGGGCAUGAAGAGAAAGACGAAACUGCUAAUAAUGGUAACUUUGUUGAACUCUUGAAAUACACUGCCGAGCAAAAUGAAGAUGUGAGUAAGGUUGUUUUAAGAAAUGCUCCUGGAAACAAUCAGAUGACUUCUCCAAAGAUUCAGAAAGAUAUUGUCCAGUGUUUUGCAGAAGAGCUAAUCAAAAGCAUUAUUGAUGAAAUUGAUCAUGAUGUAUUUGGUUUGUUGGUGGAUGAGUCUGCUGAUGUUUCUUAUAAAGAACAAAUGGCAGUUGUGUUUCGGUAUGUGGACAAGAGUGGGAUAGUCAAAGAGAGAUUCAUAAGUCUUACUCAUGUAAGUGAUACAUCUUCAUCAUCUUUGAAAUCUGCAAUUGAUUCUUUGUUUGCUAAGUAUGGAUUAAGCAUUACAAAGGUGAGAGGGCAAGGUUAUGAUGGUGCAAGUAACAUGAAGGGUGAGUUCAAUGGGCUAAGGUCAUUAAUCUCAAAGGAAAACACAUCAGCAUAUUAUGUUCAUUGCUUUGCUCAUCAGCUUCAGUUAGUUGUUGUGGCAGUUGCCAAAAAGCAUUUUGAUGUUGGAAACUUCUUUGAUAUGAUUUCUCUGCUACUGAAUGUGGUGGGAGCUUCAUGUAAGAGGAAAGAUGCGUUCAGAGAGAAUCACAAAGAAACGAUUGAGAAAGAAGUUAAUGAUGGAGAACGCAAAACUGGAAAAGGGUUAAAUCAAGAUGUUUCUGUUCAAAGACCAGGGAUGGCUCGUUGGGGCUCUCACUAUAGAACUUUGCUGCGUGUGGUUGAGUGUUUUUCUUCUAUCGUUAAAGUGCUUGCAUGUGUUGAGAAGGAUGGCGCAGAUGACUCAAAAAGACGUCAAGCAUAUGGUCUCCUCAGUUAUGUGGAUAGCUUUGAUUUUGUGUUCUAUUUGCAAGUGAUGGUUCACCUUUUAGGAGUCACAAAUAGUUUGUCAUUGGCCCUUCAAAACAGAGAUCAAGAUAUUUUGAACGCAAUGUCCUUAGUAGCAUCAACGAAAAGACAGUUGCAGAAGUUUAGAGAUGAUGGAUGGAAUGCUCUUAUGCUUAAAGUUUCUUCUUUCUCUAAGAAGCAUGGUAUUGAAGAGCUUGAUAUGAAGGAAGAUUUCCUUGACACAAGGAGGCGAAGGAAAAAAACAGGAGUGACAAAUGAACAUCACUAUAAGGUUAAUUGCUUAUAUGCAAUUUUGGAUUUGCAGCUUCAAGAAUUCAACGACCGCUUUAAUGAGGUGAACACUGAACUACUUAUUUGUGCUGCUUCAUUAUCUCCCAUCGAUUUGUUCUCUCAGUUUGACCAUUCAAAACUGAUGAGAUUAUCGACUUUCUACCCAUCUGACUUUAGUCAGGGAGAGUGCAUAUCUCUUGAUCAACAGUUAGAUGUCUAUAUUGAUAACAUUCGAAGUGAUGAAAGGUUUACUCAUUUAGAAGAUCUUGGAGAACUUGCUCGUACUUUGGUGGAAACACGGAAACAUUUGUCAUUCCCUUUGGUUUAUAGGCUUCUGAAGUUGAUUUUGAUUUUGCCGGUUGCCACUGCAACUGUUGAGAGAAGUUUUUCAGCCAUGAAGAUCGUGAAGACAGAUCGACGAAAUCGGAUUGGAGAUCAGUUUCUGAAUGAUUGCUUAAUUUGUUUUAUCGAGAAAGAUGUAUUUGAAAAAAUAACGAAUGUGACUGUGAUGAAAAGAUUUCAGGAUAUGAAAGAUCGCAGAGUGCUUUUAUAAAAUAUUUGUUUUGUCUUUUUGAAUAUUUUUUUUUAAUUAUAUACUGACACAUGUUAAAAAAAUUCCUGGGUCCGCCACUGAUUACAACCAUCAUAACAAUUAGUAUAUUCUUCUGAUCAGAUCCUCUCAUCUUCAUAUCUCUCUUUCUUUGCUUAUUUCUCAUUUCACUUGACCAUAAUAAUAGAACACGACCCUCCUUGGCUGUAUUAUAUAGCAGCCACGUACGUUACGUUCUUUUUAUUUUCACCAAAUGGGUAUCUAUUCAUUGCAUCAUCAUAGUCCAUAUUAAUUAAUUAAGAUGUCUUUUUGUUUUAGUUUAUCCCCUCUAGCUAGGAUUUGAGCUGUUUGCGAUAAACUUUUUCGUAGUGUGGUGAAAGCUAUUAAUAGCUUAUUUUAUACGCAACAAGCAAUGCAUCACAAAAGCUACAAUUUCCCGAUUCAUUUUUUUUAGCCUUAAAUAGUUAUCUAUAUAAUAUUAAGUCGAGCAACUCUAUUUAUCUUUUGGCUAGUACUCAUUGGGUCAUUAUAUUCUAAACUUUUUCAUUAUGGUAAAUCAUUGGUGAUGUCUUGCAAGUCCUUAAUACUAAUUGUUUAUAAUACAUCAAUUUUCAAUUUUAGUCAUAUUACAUUUAAUUUUUAUAACAUUUUCUAAUCUUUUUAUUAAAGUUUGUUACUGCUUUGUUUUUUUCCUUCGUUCUGAUCCAUUUAUCACGAGAAUUCCGUGUUUGGUUUCCUGUAGUCGUCUCUCGUUGGAAAGUCAUAGUGUUGACAAUUGUUAUGCUGAUAAACAUGAUAUUUACAUGAACAUACAUACCACUACCAGUCUAGUAGUAAUUUUUUUUUUACAACAAAUACAGACUCAUAUUAACUCUAUAAAUCAAAUUGAUAACACUCAUGUCUAGUUGUACUACUAAUCUAAUAAUAAGAGUAAUAUUUAAUGUAAUUAACCAGAGGAAAGGAGGUUUGUCGUUGUGGUUAGUGAUCAAAAUAAUAAAUACUAGGUUAAGAUCCGUGCCUUGCGCGGAAUGAACAUUAUAUAUAUAUGUAUAUUAUUUUAUAUAUUAUAUGUUUAUAACAUAUUAUGAAAUAAUAAAUAUAUAUUGAAUAAUUAAAAAGUCAUUAUUUACUAC